AUGUCGCUUUUUGGGAUGUAUGGGUGGUAUGUUGUGCCGAGGCCUCAGUCGAAUAAGGCUCAAGCAUAUUUUCAAGAAGUUCCACAGGGCCAUAACGGCUGCUCCAUGGAUCCUUCCACCGAUAGGCUGGACACCAGGCUGGACACCAACUUUGUGGUGUUCACGGCCACCUUUCAGCUCCUCUUCAUACUUCGGAUGGCCUGCUGUGGCUUCAAACACCGCGGCUACCUUCGCAACGUGGUGCGUCGCGCCCUUGCGGCAUUGGGAAGGUGUCUGCGAGUGUCCGUGACGGAGGAGGAGCGGCUCAUUGUCGAGCAGGUGAGCUUCCUUCGCCUGCAGAUCGCACGGAUCUAUUUCAGAUAUGUCUGGGUGAUGCUCUUGUUGCCUCUGCUGGUUAUCGAGUUGCGCGUGCUACGGGGAGUUCCGGGAAAGAUGCCAGCCGCUCUUUUUUGGAGUAAUUCAGUGACGUUUGUCGUAGGCGGAUUGGUUGACAUGAUUCCAUCUGUGCUUUCCGUGCGGAAUCUCAAUGCCGCAUAUUUUGUGCUGGCGCUUGGGUGGGCAGCGCACUUGUCACCAUGGCAUGUGCCACCAGACAAAGCUGCGGAAGUCUCGCUUUUCUUCCUGGGCCUUGCUCGUUUGCCUGCCAUUGGCAUUGCCAGCUCACCUGUGGUAGUCGCAGCUGGCAGUCUGCUGCCUUUACUGGUGGUUCUGCUACGAGCAACUGCAGAGCCGAUGCCGCCGGCAAGCAUUUUGGCGGAAAUCACCGGGCUCGUCGCGAACGUGUGUGUAUCGGUGUCCGUGCAGUUUCUUCUGAACUACCGCAUUGAGCGCAGUAUGCAGUACAAGAAGAUGGCAAGCGAUUUCAAUGCCGCGUCCUCACUGUUGCAUCUGACUUGCGAUUCGGUGGUCGAGCUAGAUGCAGAUCUCCGCAUGGCGGAGCACACACCGUCGCUUUCGGCGAUGCUGCUCCACAACAGACCCGGUGCAACCUUAGCCGGCAUGGAAUUCGCCGACCUCCUGGCCGGGGCAGCAGAGGCCGCACGUGUUGUGGAGAUCCUAAGGCGCUUCGAAGAUUGCCCGCCAGACAGUGUCAACGCUCAAGCCUUCCAUACACAUUUGGUUGACAGUGACUCCAACCGGUUCCGGACAGAAGUUUUUCAGGUGAUGUAUCAUACACCACAAGGCAACGCCCGUCACCUCAUUGGUCUCCGGGACGUUACGGACCAAGAGUCCUUGUCAGGCAGCAGGGCCAUUGAGAGCUUGUCCGUGGUUCCGCGAUCUGUGACCCCUGGGUCUGCCGGGGCCUGCAGCUCCAUUGGAGCCUCAGAACACGUGCAGACAUGCGCCAUCGCCCACGACAAGUUUCUGUCGCUCCUGAUCGACAUGGACCUCCAGCUAACCCACCUGUCGUCCCAGCCCAUCUGCCUUGGUUGCCGUCCGAGCGACCUCUUCUCUGCGGCGGGUGUGGAGCUCCUGGAACGCCUUUGGGCAGUACAGACCGCACCGAAUGCAGCGACGGCGCAGAACCGUGGCUCCGGACUGCCGAAUUAUUCCUUCUCGGCGCUGGAGCUGCGGCUGGGGCACGAGCCUUUCGACGUGAGUGGCACCCUCCAGGUGGUGGAAACGCAAACCGGCGACCGCUACUUGCUGCUGGUCUGCGUGAUGCCCCUGGCCCUGACAAUUGCUCCCAAAGGGAGCCUCGGUUCACCCGGCUCGGACGAGUACACGACCGUGCAGUUCUAA